AUGAACCGUCGUCGUCUUCAUCGUCUCUUCUCCUCUUCGACCUCCACGGCCACAACCAGAAGCUCCAUCCCUUCGCCGGCGGCGAUCCCCAUCCCCCACUUCUCUCUCCCCGAUCUCCGCCCUCAGGACCUCGACUUCGUCGCCAUCGCCCACAGCCACCUCCUCCACUCCGACUGGCCUCGCCUCACCGCCCUCGCCUCCGCCCUCACCCCUCUCCGGGCCAACCACCUCCUCCUCAAGGUCCACCGCGAUCCCAUCCUCUCCGUCGAGCUCUACAAUCGGAUUCUUCUCCAAAACCCUAGUUCACAAUCCCUUGACACCCACGCCAUCAUCCUCCACAUCCUCACCAAAUCCCGCAAAUUCAUCUCCGCCGAAUCCCUCCUGCGCAAAACCCUAAUCCCCCAAACCCUAACCUCCAGCUCCGAUCUCUUCGACGCCAUCCUCCACUCCUAUCGCCUCUGCGACUCCACUCCCAACGUCUUCGACUCGCUCUUCAAGACCUACGCGCACCUGAAGAAGUUCCGCAACGCCACCGAGACGUUCCACAGGAUGAGGGAUCAUGGCUUCCUCCCCACUGUCCGAUCUUGCAAUGCUUUUCUCAGCUCGCUUCUCAAUCAUGGCCGGAAUGACAUCGUGAUCUCGUUCUACAGGGAGAUGAAAAGGUGCCGGAUUUCUCCCAAUGUUUUCACUUUGAAUAUGGUUCUCUGUGCUCUGUGUGGAUUGGGGAGGUUGGAGAAAGCCAUGGAUGAGCUUGAGAAGAUGGAGAUCAUGGGGAUUAGCCCCAAUGUAGCUUCUUUCAAUACGAUGAUCGCCGGGUAUUGCAAAAAGGGGCUUUUGAGCUCUGCUUUGAAGCUCAAGAAUGGGAUGCUUGGCAAAGGUUUAGAGCCAAAUGUGAUCACUUUCAAUACCCUAAUUCACCAGUUUUGCGUGGAAGGGAAGAUGCAUGGAGCUAAUCGAAUUUAUCGGGAGAUGAAGGUCGCCGAGGUGAGCCCGAAUACGGUUACUUUCAAUACUUUGAUUGCUGGUUAUUGCCAGGAGAACAAUGGGGAGAUGGGGUUUAGGGUUUAUGAGGAGAUGGUGAAGAAUGGGGUGGAGGUUGAUAUCUUGACUUAUAAUUCGUUGAUCUUGGGACUUUGCAAUGAAGGGAAGACAAGGAAAGCUGCGCACUUGGUUAGAGAGCUUGAUAGAGGGAAGUUAGUCCCGAAUGCGUCGACGUAUUUUGCUCUUAUAACCGGGCAAUGCAAGAAGCAGAACUCGGAGCGGGCGUUGGAGAUUUAUAAGGUGAUGAAGAUGAGUGGAUGUCAUCCUAAUGCGGAGACCUUCAAUCUGUUGAUAUCUACUUUUGUUAAGAAUAAGGACUUCGAAGGUGCUGCCGAAGUGUUGAAGGAAAUGUUGGAGAGAUGGAUGGUCCCCGGGAAGGUUUUGUUAACCAAACUUUUUGAUGGGCUUCAUUUGUCAGGCAAGAGGCACUUGGUAAAUGAGCUGCUUUCAGAUGUUAAUGGAGGAAGGUUUGUUUCAAGAGUUUUGUCUGAGUAGUACCUAAACUACCAGAAGAUUGGAGGUGAAUGCUUGAACAAAGAGGUUCAGAAAAAGUCUAAUUUACUAUACAUGUAUGAUCAGAGGUGAUGAUAAACUUAGCUUCACAAGGGUAGGAGUGGGCAAAUAGAUACACAUUGCUAUGGUACUUGCUAUGCUCUUCUUCUGAGGAUUGCUCCGGAAAUUCAUAUCAAAGGUUACCAUGCAUUUUAUUGUAGAAAUUGCCUCUUCUGUCUACAUCUGUGCUACCGCUGGUAAAAAUGGUAUGCAUAUUAGAGUUCUUGAGAAAUGGAAGCGCAAUCGAAAGCUCGGUUGUGCUUAGCAAGGAUAAUUUAAUCAGGGAAAAAAAAAAAGUUGAUUCCCAAAGGACAAAAUGAAAACCGGAAAUAUUUUCUGAGAACUACAAAAUAAUGCUGGAUGAUUUGGAGAAAAAGGUCUGUAAAUUCAAUUCAUCUGCAGAAUACAGUAAAUGUGAAUAAUCAUUUGAGCUUUCACCACUGGUCUCAUUGGCAUUAGAAAAUCCUUGCAAAGCUUUUUUACUGAGAAAGUAAGCUAGGCAGAUUUUUAGAAGAAUCAGAUAAAAGAAACUGGUGCUUGAAGAGUUCACUAUUGCAGAGCAGUACUCUUGUGCAAAUCAUGGCUUGUAACUUUGGAGAGGUUGCUCCAUUGAUGGUGCAAAACACACAUUCAACUCACAUUACAUUACUACAUUCUCAAAACAGAUAAACUAAGUUGAAUCGAAGCUGCUAGAACUUUUGAACAACUGGAGAUAUGCUUAUGUAUUUGAUUAAUUUGACUGUUAUCUAGAAUGAGUUCUUGUAUAAAAUCUAAUGCAAGUUCCAAAUUGGUUGGUUAAAUCAGUGAUUUUGGGUUUGAA